AUGCAGGAUGUCAAGAACUCUUCCUCUGCACACAGGUCUAACCAGUAUACUGCUGGGCGCGGCCCUGUCCUCGCUUUUGUCGCCGUGGGCUUGCGACUGCUUGCUCACGCCAUCGCUCACAAGAGUUGGACAUCCAGCGACUAUCUCAUCAUCGCUGCUUGCACCUUUGCCAUUGGCCUGCAAUCAAUCAGCAUAACAGGCGUUUUCGAAGCCGGCAUUGCUUAUGGUCAUUUUGCAGACAUCGUACUCGAACACGGUCUCGGACCUAUUACGAAGCUAUCGCAGCUUAUUAUCCCUCUGCAAUUCUUGUGGGUGUUGAGCCUCACCUGCACCAAGUUAUCUAUUCUGUGUUUGUACCUACAGAUCUUCCCAUAUCCUUGGAUUGUCUGGAGCUCCUAUGCAACCAUGUCCAUUAUUAUCGCCUGGACGAUCGCGACUAUCCUCGCUGGCUGUUUGAUCUGCCGACCUUUCGCAUUCAACUGGGACAAGACGAUCCCGGGUGGAAGCUGUGGCGACCAGGUUACCUCGUUCACGAUGGCGACGUACAACAAGAUGUUCUUUGUCCCUGUUUUCGGCUUAGAUAUCUUCACAUGUGUCAUCAGCGCCCUCCGUAUCUCUGUCCUGUCUUCCAUGGACUUUACCGACAUCACUUUCACAAUCCCCAAAGCCAACAUCUUCAGUGGCAUCGAGCCUUGUCUUGCAGUGGUUCUCGCCUCUGUCCCUUUGAUGCGGCCGCUCCUUGGCCGAUCUACUGCAACACCAUACGGAUCAAGUAAAACGCCUGUGGAGGCUGAUCCGAAAGCCAAGGGUCCAAGAAGGGUGAGCGAUAAUGGGUUCAAGAGGCUAGAAGACGAUACAGGCAAUUUGCGGCUCAGACCGAUGGGAGUGCAGUAUCGUGCUGACGUUUCCGCUUUGCGCGAAUCCACAGAUCAGAAUGCAAGCGAGGGAGACGAGGAGCUGGUUCGUUGGCACAACGCGGGAAGUGGAAUGAAAGAUGGAAGUUGA